AUGCUUAGCUUCGACUCGCUCCUUAGCAGGGAUCGACUCAAAGAUGAGGGAAGCGUCUUUCUAGUACCCUUCUCCAAUCAUGACAGUUCAGAUAAAUCCGCCUAUGAGUUUGGUGCGCCUGAUGCAGAGUCUAUCCAAGACUCAGUGACUAAAAAGCGCCGCCAUGCCGUAUACUUUCCACGGCCUCCUGUUUGGUGUCCUCCACAGCAGUCAAGAACAUCGAGUCUCUCCGCAAGCAGCAGCAGCAGUUGUACAAUAGAAACGUGCAGUGGCCAUGCAGCCAAUGAUAGUGAGAUGCUCGAAGAUGCAUAUUCCUGCAUAGCUGAUGGCUGUGAAGCUACUGCUGCAUUAGCAGACAUGGUAUCUCGCACAUUAACCAACCAGUCGAAGUCUGACCAGGAGACCAUUAUUCUUCAUGAUUGGCCCGCUCGUGACAGACCGCAGGCAUGGCAACAGUUGGGUUCAGCGGGGAAAUACAUUCUGUCGGAUCGGCGAGCCUCCGUGCAACAUUGUCCGAGCCGAGUCCUUUUGCAGAGCUCCGUCUGCCACAAAGGGAAAGGCAUCCCUGCACGAUUGCAAGCAUACAAGGACAUACGUUUAGGUCUGGAUGAAAAGCGGUCCAUUCACGAAGGGUCCCUUGUGAUCUGUGUUGAUCCUGCAUAUACCCUGUCCGAUCAUGAUAAACCAUGUUCUGACGAGUUCGAUCUGGUUAGCGGAAAUAUUUUUGUUGUCUGCCGGCUGUAUUCCGAUUUAUGGGCUCUCUGCGCCGGUGCUUCACCACCUCAGUCGGAGAAAGUAUUCGGUGAGACAAUUACUACGGAGCCUAUGCGACUAGCCUUCCUGCCACUCUGCGCAGUGACGCUGGCCGCAAAUUUUAGCGCUUUCAACCAGAGAUGCAUCACUUAUGCUCGUGACAAAUCAGAGGAACCCAGGUAUCCUGGAAAUGGGCUGCCGGUUAUGCCUCCUCCACGGACUUCCAGUCUCAGCGAUGGCAAGCAGAUCUCCCGCGGAAACCGACGCCACAUUGCAUUUCCAGAAGUGGUAUAUGAUGCUUUUGACCGUAUCUCCGAAUGCAGCGAUGUCGACUUUGUGCCAGCAGACUCUUCUCUGGAGAAUGUGCUUUCUGACCUGACUGACCGAGGAAGUCGUCGACUCCAGCGCUUAGGCAACCACACCCCAUAUCCCCAACUAUGCCAUCGAUCCGAGCGAUCCUCUACAACACCUUCGCCCUCACCACUCUCCCCAUCCGCAUUCUCGGCACUCUUAUCUACUACCUCCCCCACUUCACGCGGCCCUCCAGCAUGGACCUACCGACAAGUCAUCAGCGUAAAACUCUUCUACAUAUGGCUGAGCGAUCAAACAGCAGUGGAAUACCGCACCCCAAAAACCCUCACUCCAGGCCGUGAAGGCGAUCGCUUCAUAAUCAUCAACCCGCCAGACACCACCACAUCUAACCAGCUAGCACUCUAUCUCUCCCGCGACAGCAUCCUCACCAGCGUCCCAUCUGUCCAACCCGUCCCCAUUGGCGCAGUAUGGCACCCUGCCCUUCCCUCCUCAAAACCAGCUCGAGUGAUUCUUCACUUCCACGGCGGCGCGUACGUCCUCGGUGGCGUCCGCCUCAAAGACAACAGCUGGAGCCCUAGCAUCCUCAGCAAAGUGAUGGCUUGUCCUGUCAUGCUGCCACAGUAUCGCCUCUCAGUGGAAAGAAAUGCCUCGUUUCCUGCCGCCCUGCAGGAUGGGAUCACGGCUUAUGUGUAUGUUCUCGAGGUGUUGGGGAUCGAGCCUCAGAAUAUAAUCCUGUCCGGUGAUUCGGCAGGUGGGAAUUUGGUUCUCUCCAUGAUUAGGUAUUGGGUCGAGGAGAAGAAGAAAGGGACGGAAGUAUUACCGCUGCCUGCGGCUGCGUUGUUAUGGAGUCCGUGGUUGGAUUUAUCGGAGAACGGGGCGCAGAAGGUUGAUCGGCAUCCGUGUCGAUGGGUUGAUUAUCUUUCUGGGGAUUUGCUGGAUUGGGGUAUCAGGCGGGUAACGCCUGAGGGUUGGGAGAGGGGACAUCGAUUUCUGAAUCCCCUUGGGAAUGGGUUUAAGGCUUUAGGAAUGCCGAUUUUCGUGCACACAGGAACGUCGGAGGUGUUUUUUGAGGAUCAUGUGGAGUUUGUGGAGGAGAUGAGGGCGUUGGGGAAUGAUGUCGAGUUUUGUGAGACGAAGGAUGCACCGCAUGAUAUUUUUUGGGCAGGGAAGGUGCUGGGUUUUGAGAGGGAGGCGGAGGAGGCGAUGGAGAGGGCGAGAACGUUUGUGAGGAGAGUUUGUUGGGUUGAUUGA